AUGUCCAAUGGAUUUAUCGGUUAUUUACCACCCUCAUUAACCAAUUCACCCACCAUCUCAUCCCUUAAUCUCAACAAUAAUUCUCUCAAUGGAGCAAUUGCUCUCAACUGCUCUGCUAUGGUUUCUUUGACCUUCCUUGAUAUUGGCUCUAAUCAAUUCGAUGGACCUAUUCCUAAUAAUCUCUAUUCUUGUCAACAGUUGAGUAGUUUGAAUCUUGCCAAAAAUAUUCUUUGUAACCAAUUACCUGACAGGAACUUGAUUACUUUAAUUCUUACCUCUAACUUCCAUGAUGAAGUAAUGGGUGCUGAUUCUAAUCUACAAUUCAACAACCUAAAGACACUUGUAGUUGCAAAUUGUCAGCUUAUUGGCUUGGUUCCAACUUGGUUGAGUGGUUGCACCAACUUGCUCAGAUCUAUCAUGGAACCGUUUGAGUGGAAAAAUUCCACCAUGAAGAUCCUUCAUAAGAACUCAAAUUUUUCCUCAAAUGGACCAAACUCUACAGAGCUGCAGUACAAUCAAAUUCGGAGCUUCCCACCAUCUUUGGACCUGAGCAACAACAUGCUAACUGGACCAAUCUUGCCAGAGUUUGGGAAUUUGAAUAUACUCCAUGUGUUGGAUCUGAGGAACAACAAUCUAUCAGUACAUAUUCCUGGUACUUCAUCAGAGAUGACAAACUUGGAGACUUUGGAUUUAUUCUAUAACAAUCUCUUGGGAAGCAUACCAUCUACACUAGUGAAUCUCAGCUUUCUUUCAAAAUUCAGUGUUCCUUACAUUCAACUCACUGGUAUAGUCCCUACUGGAGAUCAAUUUCAUACAUUUCCAGAUUCAUGUUUUGAGGGGAAUAACGGUAUGUGUAGAUCAUUCUCUUCUUCUUGUUCCACUGAGAGCCCAAAAGGUCCUGAAAACACUGCAAUUGAAUCACCAGAAGAAGCAAAAGAGUCUAUUAUUAUAGUACUGCCAUUUGGAUUUGGAAUGGUUGCAGGCUUUGUCAUCGCCGUCGCCAUCUGCUUUAUGUCUGGUUGGUUACUUCCCAAGCAAAAGACAAGAAUGGCAGACGCAGAAGAACUAUUAAGCAGUGGAGAUAAGGAACACUUGUGA